AUGUCCUCCUCGCUCCCCGGCAAUCGGGAUCCCCCUUCCUCCCAGUAUGAUUUGAACACCUACUGGGGUCGGGUCCGCCAUGCGGCCGACAUUUCUGACCCGAGGAUGCUUCUCGUCUCUUCAGCCGGUCUGGAACAGGCGAAGCGCCUCAUUGCUUCGUACAAGCAGCAUGAGGUCCCCUCGAUGACGCCGGAAUUGUGGAAGGCGAAAAAGGUCGUUGACUCGACCUUGCAUCCUGACACCGGCGAGCCAGUUUUCCUUCCUUUCCGCAUGUCGUGCUACGUUCUUUCCAAUCUGGUCGUUACGGCGGGUAUGCUCACACCGGGGCUUCAGACAACUGGGACCCUGCUGUGGCAAAUCGCGAAUCAAUCGCUCAACGUCGCGAUCAACAACGCCAACGCCAACAAGUCGACCCCUCUUUCAGUCUCUCAGAUGGCAAAGUCAUACUUGAUGGCCGUCUCAGCAUCAUGCUCGGUCGCACUCGGCCUAAACGCCCUCGUGCCCCGACUAAAGAACAUAAACCCCAACACCCGCCUAAUCCUCGGCCGCCUCGUCCCCUUCGCCGCCGUCUCCAGCGCCAGCGCCCUCAACGUCUUCCUCAUGCGCGGGGAGGAGAUCCGCCAGGGCAUCGACGUGUACCCCGUCCAGACCGAAGCCGGGGAACCCGUGCAAAGCCUCGGAAAGAGCAAAAAGGCCGCAACAAUCGCCGUCGGCGAAACAGCCGUGAGCCGCGUGCUGAACGCCACGCCGAUCAUGGUUGUGCCCCCGCUGAUCCUCGUUCAGCUGGAGAAGACAAAGUGGCUGCAGGCGCGGCCGCGGAUGGUGACGCCGAUCAACCUGGCGUUGAUUCUGGGUACGUCGCUCUUUGCGCUUCCGUUGGCGCUGGGUGCUUUCCCGCAGAGGCAGACGAUUAGCGCGACGUCGCUUGAGGAGGAGUUUUGGAAGUAUGGCAAGGUGGAGUUUAACCGGGGGAUGUAG